GUUCGAAACCCUAGUUUCCAUCUACUCCGUGAAUUCCUGUCCGAAACCCUCGCCGGGUUCCCCUUCACCUUCCCCUUCUGCCCGAAAUCCUUGCGAUAUACGAAGCUCUUUGAGACUUCCGUUUUUCUCCCCCAUCCGCUCAUACUCGAAAGCUGGUUAAAUCCUUCUAUACAAUCAGGCACGCGAGUAAUGGGUGGUGGAAAUGAUGACACUUCUGAGAAGGGUUUUUUCUCAAACCUGUCACAUGCCUUUGGUUCAGGAUAUCCAUAUCCCACACAAAGUCCACAACAAGGAUACCCUUCCGCACCUCCAGCUUAUUCACCUCAAGGGUACCCGGCAGCACCUCCAGCAUAUCCAUCUCAAGGGUACCCUUCAGCACCUGGAGCUUAUUCACCUCAAGUGUACCCUUCAGCACCUGGAGCAUACCCUCCACAUGGUUACCCUUCUCAAGGUUAUCCUCCACAUGGAUACCCACCAUCAUCAGGACAUCAGCCCCAUGGCGUAUACCCUCCGGCUGGUUAUCCUGGUCCUUCUUCUCAUGGCCAUGGGUCUAGCAUGGGAUCGUUAUUAGCAGGUGGCCCGCCACUGCGUAUGGUCUUCAUCAGCUUGCUCAUCAUCAUCAUGGCCACAUGGCCUACCAUGGAUUCGGACACCAUGGUAAGUUCAGGCAUGGAAAGUUUAAGCAUGGAAAAUUUGGCAAGCAUAUGA